GACUAAAACAUCUCUUCGGGCUCCGCGGACACCGAGAUUCAUGUAGACCGCUCUGGAGAGAGUACAAGCUCAACUUAAACUCCGAGAUCUUUAAUCGCGGCCCGUUUCUUGAUUGCUCUUUUCGUCGUUGUGUUGUUGUAACUGCAUAGACCCCGUUUACCGGCCAAGAUCUUUAUAGUACAGUUGGUUGGUUGAUUGUCUGUUCACGCCGCAAUGGAGGAUGCCGAGGCCCCCGAAGCUAGCGGUCCUGGGUCUCCUGGGCCUCGGCGAGCUUGUGACCAAUGCAGACUUCGAAAGAUCCGUUGCGACAAGGAGUCGCCGUGCUCCAACUGUCGGAGUGCCAAGCGUUCAUGUAGUUCUACAGGUGCCGGCCAGAAGCCGAAGGAGCCUCGGCAGCGAGUACUCAUAUCCAGCCAAUAUGAGCGCAAGAUUGAUUUAAUCGAGGAGCGGCUUGGUGGGAUCGAGACGCUAUUACGGAACCUCGCGCCAAUAUCGGCAUCCCCAUCCAACACGGAGGCCCCCACACGGCAGCCAUCUGACAAGCUAACACCGCUGUCUAUGACUAGUCGGGAUGAUACAUCUAGCACCGUGUUCGAUCCGGAGGAUGCCGGCGAUUUUGAAGGCAACUCAUCGCUAGCUGCACAUACGGCGUUCGCUAGUGAAUUCCUUGAACAUGCUGUACAAGGCACCUCUUUACAACAGCAGGGCGGCAGUCCUAAGAUUGACGCCGCCCUAUCAUCUCUACGGCGCAUUGUACAUAUGCAGGAAAGCCGGCGAGCAGUAUCAUCCUUCCACGAAUUUCGCUUGCCUGGCCAGAAACAGUCAUCUAAGACUACCUUACGAGAUCUACCGCUGCCGCCUAUGGAAUUCGUAGCAGAGAAAUUAAGGGAGAUGAAACACGGCCCGGUUCCUAUGAUGCUUGCCGUCCUUUACUGUUUUAUUGAUAUUGAGCAUUUUACCGACCAAUGUCGGCGGCUCUACUUCAACGCGGGUGAAACCACAGAUGCGACGGUCAUCCUCGUGAACUCCGGUCUGGCGUACCUAUUCUUUGAGGCAGGGCUUAGUGCAAAGACGGCCGAAGAUAAGGCUCGGUACGAUACCUAUUACAAUAUGUGUCAGAAAAACCUAGACACCGUAUUAGCGCAAUUAAAUUUCCUUAUGCCGGCUACAUUAGAAAAUAUCGAGGCUUUACUCAUGGCGGCUAGCUUCGCAGUCGACACUUCCAAACCUUCAUUAGCAUGGCUCUUAUCGACGCGAGCCGCUCACAUGUGCCGAGCACUCGGUUUACAUCAAGUCCACUCUAUGAAAGAUGACAGUCCACAGAAGAAAUCAGAAAAGUCACUACUAUUCUGGUGUACAUAUAUGCUCGACAAGGGGCUGUCGUUGCGGCUAGGUCGAGCCUCCGUCCUACAAGACUACGAUAUCUCAUUGCCGCACAUCGCCCCCGAGGCCCACGCCGCAUAUCCAGGUACCGAGGUCAUGACUUUAUGGAUCAAACACGCUCAAAUCCAGGGGCGCAUAUACGAACGUCUAUAUAGCCCCGGCGCCUUGCGGCAACCCAAUACAUACCGUGUCGAGCAAGUCGGCAUCUUAACAUCGGAAUUAAAACACCUAAGGACGGAGAGCAUGAAAUUGUUCGCCGAGUUUGAGGCAUCGGCGUCAGCUGAAGGUCAGAUGUUCGCCAUUAUGCUCAAAUCGGACGAGGUCUCGUAUCUCUCGUCGUUGGUAUUGACGUAUCGCGCACUGCCACCGGCGCCGACCGGAGCCCGCUCUCGUACUUUUUCGGAUGAGUGUAUUGACUUGGCACGGUCGACAAUGAAGUGCCAUCAGGAAGCGAUGGGGAUGAUGGAUAAUCAGUCGCUGAAGAUUUUAUAUAUCCACUGGACAAUACUUUACGCCCCAUUCAUACCCUUUAUCGUAAUAUUCUGUCUAGUCAUCGAGACAUCAAGUGCAGAUGAUUUACGAUGCCUAGCCGAAUUCGUCACAUCACUAGAAGCAUCCUGCGACGUGUCCCACUCAAUCAGCAAAUUAUACCAACUAUGUCAAGUACUAUACAACAUCGCACAACUCUACAUCGAAGCCAAGGCCCAGCAACCACUCGACCGGGACAUGGUUCCUAUCGGCAAUGAAUUUAACAUGUAUCUCAAUCAACUAGGUUUUAUGCCUAUAGAUGAAAACAUGGCGAAUUUCGACGUUGAUAGUAGUGCCGGUGGGGGUCCUCUCAACGACCAAGCGAGAUCUAUGGCGCAGACGGCGCAACUUGGUGAUUGGUUCUCGGGGAAUAAUUAUAUGUUGGGGUUACUGGAGGAGGAUCUAUCGAGUAUUAAUACCUCGGGUUGGCCGUCGUGAAUUGUAUAGAUGAAGAUAACUUGGCUUUUUAGUACGUCUGCGCGUAGGUGCUCUAGGAUUCAUUCGCAACGGCGUAAUGGUACCUAGAUAAACGUAUAUAUGAGGAGAAAAUGGCUGGGAUCUCCUCUCAAAUGU